AUGGCGACCCCCUGUUCUAUCUACCGCCUUACCCGGGUACCGCGGAUCUCUGCCCGGGCGGACCUUUCUCCUUCUCCGCAGCUCGUGGGACCAAUUAUGGAAACAAUAAAUAAAAAUACAAAUAAGAAAACGGAGACGGGAACUCCACAAAAACCCGGCGCUGCAAAGAUGAACGAUGGUUCCACUGCAAGCACCAGUACUGCACAGAAAGGGCCCCAUCCCAAACUAGGGAUGUCGGGGGACAGAAAGACUGUCGCUAACGCCUCCGCUAUGUGCGCAUCUGCGCCAAAACCAGCGGUAGGCGCAGCAAAGUCGAUCGGGUCACCCGCUGGUGUAAAGAAGUUCACAUACGCAGAGAGACGGACUGCCGCCCAAACCCUGCGCUCGCAUGCCAGAAGCAAUGUCGCCAUGCCUUCGCCCGAAUGGCUAAAGAAGGUAGAGUGGGCAUGGACGGUGUUUCCUAACUAUGGGCAAGAGAAGCCCCAGCAAGAAGGUGCUCAGGCGAAGAGGCAACGCUCCAUAGAGCUGCCCGGUCCGUCGGCGAAGAGAUCGAAGAUCCAGCCGUCGGUCUCCUUUGCCGAGAUUACCAAAGAUCGGGUCCUACUUGGACUUAUAGGCAGGGGAAAUCCGGAGAACAGGAUCCCCAGAAAUAAAUGGAAGGCGGUUGAGUCCAAGCUGUCUCUUAUUUGCCUGCGUAUGGUACGCGAGAAGCCCGGUUCAUCGCCUUGCUGUAUGGACGCGGGCUGGUACCAGGGCAGUGUAAAAGUGGUGGCCUGCGAUAAUCAGCGAUCAGCUGACCUAUACAAACAGGCGGUAGUACAGCUCGGAGCAGUUUACGAAGGGGCGAACAUAGUCGCACUAGAUUGGUGUGACGUCCCCAACUGGAAAGUCGUUAAGGUGGAGGAGCACGCAGGUGACGUGAACCAAGCGAUCGUUAUGCUGAAUAAGGAGUCGGUCGCUCCCAUAGAGGCUGCUCGGGAAACGCUCAACUAUGGUUUCAGUGCCAUACAUAUAAAGAUUUACAAAGGGGACUCUAAUUCCUCGGGAAGUCCUGCCGGCAACCCAGCUGAGCAGGUGCUUGCGGAGGAAGUGGAGGCCCCUGGUGUGCCGGAGGACGGCUACUCAACCGACACGUCGCUGAGCAGAGAGAUGCGAGCGCUGGGACCGGCAAUCGAUGAAGUGGACCUGAGCGAUUCGGAGGCCGACGUUACUGUGGUGGAGGUUGCAGCUGGGGAUGUCGCUAAGACUCCUGCAGAUCAACCUACAUCACACAACGGAGACAACACAGCAAUAAGCCUGGAGCUGCAAAGCGGCUCUAUUAGGAUGCUAUCGGCCUACAUGGCUUUUGAAAAGGUAGACCCCCCAGACGCGCUAGUCAGAGGACUGGUACAGGAAUGUGAAGUGCUUAAGCAAGGUUUGGUGAUAGGAUGCGAUGCAAAUGCCCACCAUACUCAGUGGGGCUGCCCUAUCAACAACGACAGAGAAAGACUGAUAGGUCUACACAUUAGAGACAUCAUUGACCCGACGCAGAUAUCGGAGGCGCAACACGCAUACAACAAAGGUAAGUCGACCGAAUCGGCGCUACACUUGGUAGUAAGCAACAUCGAGAAAUCACUCAGUAUACAAGAAUACACCUUGAUCGCCUUCCUUGACAUAGAAGGAGCUUUCAACAACGUGCUUCCCCCGGCAAUAACAGAAUCCCUCACUGAACUAGGGGUUGAGCCACCGCUGGUGGGGCUGAUCCACAAAUUGCUGAUAAGCAGACUGGUCACGGCCACACUAGGGACCUCGACCCAGACUAGAUUAGUGAACAGAGGCACUCCGCAAGGAGGUGUACUAUCACCCCUCUUAUGGAAUAUCGCGGUAAAUAAACUACUGCGGAUUCUUGAAGGAGGAGGCUGUAAAAUAGUGGCAUACGCAGACGAUGUCGCUAUCAUCUUUAAUGGUAAGUAUCCACAAACGUUAUGCGAUCUUAUGGCCGCAAAACUAAAAACACUAUCGGAAUGGACUACAAAGAACGGACUUGGGGUAAAUCCCUCAAAAACGGAACUAGUCCUUUUUACAAAUAGAUACAAAAUCCCAAAACUUAACCCACCCACUUUAAACAACUGUAAUCUCUCUUUUAGCGAGCACGCAAAAUACUUGGGGUUAGUAUUAGAUAAGCUUCUUAAAUGGGGCUUAAACAACUAAGAGAGGACCAAGAAAGCGACCAUUGCACUUUACUCUUGUAAAAAAGCAAUCGGGCUAAGAUGGGGUAUGUCCCCUAAAAACGUCAAUUGGAUAUACACAGCGGUAGUCAAGCCAAUCCUACUAUAUGGAGUGGCUCUGUGGUGGACCGCUUUACACAAACAAUGUAUCUUAACUCCCCUUAACAAAGUACAGCGCAUGGCGACCUUGUGUACUAGUGGAACCCUUCGAACUACCCCAAACGAAGCGCUGAAUGCGAUCUUGAACCUCCAGAGCCUGGACUUAGCAGGCAUGGAACGGGCGAAAUCGGCAGCCAUUCGACUAAGGGAUACGGGGCAAUGGAAAGCCCAACUGUAUGGUCACGCUAAGAUUCUUCAGCAUGACAAAUUGAUCCCGCCAAAAACGGAUCUAUGUAAAACCCGUGAAUACAGUCACACGCCCUUCGAAGCUCUGAUCCCAGGCAGGGAAACCAUUCUUGCAGUAGGAGAACUACCUACAGCAUGGCGGGAAACGAAAGUCGUUUUCAUCCCUAAGGCAGGGAAGGCCACCCAUACUACAGCGAAGGAUUUCAGACCGAUAAGUCUGACAUCAUUCCUGCUAAAAAUCCUAGAAAGACUGAUAGGUCUACACAUUAGAGACAUCAUUGACCCGACGCAGAUAUCAGAGGCGCAACACGCAUACACCAAAGGUAAGUCGACCGAAUCGGCGCUACACUUGGUAGUAAGCAACAUCGAGAAAUCACUCAGUAUACAAGAAUACACCUUGAUCGCCUUCCUUGACAUAGAAGGAGCUUUCAACAACGUGCUUCCCACGGCAAUAACAGAAUCUUUCACUGAACUAGGGGUUGAGCCACCGCUGGUGGGGCUGAUCCACAAAUUGCUGAUAAGCAGACUGGUCACGGCCACACUAGGGACCUCGACCCAGACUAGAUUAGUGAACAGAGGCACUCCGCAAGGAGGUGUACUAACACCCCUCUUAUGGAAUAUCGCGGUAAAUAAACUACUGCGGAUUCUUGAAGGAGGAGGCUGUAAAAUAGUGGCAUACGCAGACGAUGUCGCUAUCAUCUUUAAUGGUAAGUAUCCACAAACGUUAUGCGAUCUUAUCACCGCAAAACUAAAAACACUAUCGGAAUGGACUACAAAGAACGGACUUGGGGUAAAUCCCUCAAAAACGGAACUAGUCCUUUUUACAAAUAGAUACAAAAUCCCAAAACUUAACCCACCCACUUUAAACAACUGUAAUCUCUCUUUUAGCGAGCACGCAAAAUACUUGGGGUUAGUAUUAGAUAAGCGUCUUAAAUGGGGCUUAAACAACCAAGAGAGGACCAAGAAAGCGACCUUUGCACUUUACUCUUGUAAAAAAGCAAUCGGGCUAAGAUGGGGUAUGUCCCCUAAAAACGUCAAUUGGAUAUACACAGCGGUAGUCAAGCCAAUCCUACUAUAUGGAGUGGCUCUGUGGUGGACCGCUUUACACAAACAAUGUAUCUUAACUCCCCUUAACAAAGUACAGCGCAUGGCGACCUUGUGUACUAGUGGAACCCUUCGAACUACCCCAAACGAAGCGCUGAAUGCGAUCUUGAACCUCCAGAGCCUGGACUUAGCAGGCAUGGAACGGGUGAAAUCGGCAGCCAUUCGACUAAGGGAUACGGGGCAAUGGAAAGCCCAACUGUAUGGUCACGCUAAGAUUCUUCAGCAUGACAAAUUGAUCCCGCCAAAAACGGAUCUAUGUAAAACCCGUGAAUACAGUCACACGCCCUUCGAAGCUCUGAUCCCAGGCAGGGAAACCAUUCUUGCAGUAGGAGAACUACCUACAGCAUGGCGGGAAACGAAAGUCGUUUUCAUCCCUAAGGCAGGGAAGGCCACCCAUACUACAGCGAAGGAUUUCAGACCGAUAAGUCUGACAUCAUUCCUGCUAAAAAUCCUAGAAAGACUGAUAGGUCUACACAUUAGAGACAUCAUUGACCCGACGCAGAUAUCAGAGGCGCAACACGCAUACACCAAAGGUAAGUCGACCGAAUCGGCGUUACACUUGGUAGUAAGCAACAUCGAGAAAUCACUCAGUAUACAAGAAUACACCUUGAUCGCCUUCCUUGACAUAGAAGGAGCUUUCAACAACGUGCUUCCCACGGCAAUAACAGAAUCCCUCACUGAACUAGGGGUUGAGCCACCGCUGGUGGGGCUGAUCCACAAAUUGCUGAUAAGCAGACUGGUCACGGCCACACUAGGGACCUCGACCCAGACUAGAUUAGUGAACAGAGGCACUCCGCAAGGAGGUGUACUAUCACCCCUCUUAUGGAAUAUCGCGGUAAAUAAACUACUGCGGAUUCUUGAAGGAGGAGGCUGUAAAAUAGUGGCAUACGCAAACGAUGUCGCUAUCAUCUGCAAUGGUAAGUAUCCACAAUCGUUAUGCGAUCUUAUGACCGCAAAACUAAAAACACUAUCGGAAUGGUCUACAAAGAACGGACUUGGAGUAAAUCCCUCAAAAACGGAACUAGUCCUUUUUACAAAUAGAUACAAAAUCCCAAAACUUAACCCACCCACUUUAAACAACUGUAAUCUCUCUUUUAGCGAGCACGCAAAAUACUUGGGGUUAGUAUUAGAUAAGCGUCUUAAAUGGGGCUUAAACAACCAAGAGAGGACCAAGAAAGCGACCAUUGCACUUUACUCUUGUAAAAAAGCAAUCGGGCUAAGAUGGGGUAUGUCCCCUAAAAACGUCAAUUGGAUAUACACAGCGGUAGUCAAGCCAAUCCUACUAUAUGGAGUGGCUCUGUGGUGGACCGCUUUACACAAACAAUGUAUCUUAACUCCCCUUAACAAAGUACAGCGCAUGGCGACCUUGUGUACUAGUGGAACCCUUCGAACUACCCCAAACGAAGCGCUGAAUGCGAUCUUGAACCUCCAGAGCCUGGACUUAGCAGGCAUGGAACGGGCGAAAUCGGCAGCCAUUCGACUAAGGGAUACGGGGCAAUGGAAAGCCCAACUGUAUGGUCACGCUAAGAUUCUUCAGCAUGACAAAUUGAUCCCGCCAAAAACGGAUCUAUGUAAAACCCGUGAAUACAGUCACACGCCCUUCGAAGCUCUGAUCCCAGGCAGGGAAGUAUGGGAUCGGGGCCGACCGGGCUCUAUAGACGCAAUCUGUUUAUAUACAGGCUCCAAACUAGAAGGACACGUAGGUGGAGGCAUAUACUCCGAGCAAUUAGAGAUCAGGCAGUCAUUCAGACUUCCUGACCACUGCAGUGUCUUCCAAGCGAAAGUGUAUGCUAUAAUGGAAGCACUCGUCUGUUUAAGGGACUUAAACACCCAGAACAGACACAUAAACAUAUAUAGUGAUAGCCAAGCGGCUAUUAAAUCAAUCUACUCGACGAAUACAAACUCCCGAACAAUAGCAGACUGUCGCAAAUCUCUCCACGAGAUGGCUAGUCAGUUUACUGUCAGCCUAAUAUGGGUUCCGGGACACCGGGAUAUCGUAGGCAACUGUAUAGCAGACGAGCUAGCCAGGCAAGGCACCACCAUACCUCUCCUUCCAGGAAAGGAGAAUGUUGGCAUGCCUAUGGCUACUUGCAAGCUAAUUAUUAAAAACCAUUUCAACAAAUUAGCCAACACUCAUUGGCAAAACACACCGCAAUGCCGAAUCUCUCACCAGACAUGGCCUGCAAUAAACAAUAAGAAAACAUCAGAACUACUCAAUUUCAGCCGCACUGAGAGCGGCAUGCUAAUUCGAGUACUCACAGGCCACUGGCUAAAAGCCCCAAAAAAUAAUUUUCGUAGAAGCUGCAGGGAUGAGGAAGAAGAGGAAACGGUGGAACACCUACUCUGUUCAUGCCCAGCCCUAUGCAGGCUUAGACUGAAACACUUAGGAUAUCCUUUCAUAAAUGACCUGACCUGA